AUGGCAUCUUCCGGCACGGGAAUGGGUUCUCCGUGCGGCGCAUGCAAGUUUCUAAGAAGAAAAUGUGUGCCGGAUUGCGUAUUUGCACCGUACUUCUCCUCAGAAGAAAGUGCGGCGAGAUUCGCUGCCAUGCACAAGGUGUUCGGGGCAAGUAACGUUUCCAAGAUCUUACUCCACGUUCCUGUCCAAGAACGGUAUGAGGUUGUCGUCACCAUGGCCUAUGAAGCUGAGGCUCGUCUCCAUGACCCUGUCUACGGUUGUGUCUCUCAUGUUUUCGCACUUCAACAACAGGUGGCUUUCUUGCAAGCACAAAUGAUGCAACUAAAGGAAAACCUCGCCCACCAGACCAUCACCACAGUCGCCGGAGAUCUGAGAAACAGAUCGGACAAGACGUGGCAACAAACAAGUGGGUACACGAUACCGUACAAACCAUACAGUCACGAAAACCCUAAUAAACCGGUCUCACCACAGAACUCAAUCGAAUCGUUGGAACACAGCAAUAUGAGUAGUGAAGUCAUGAAUAACGUGCAAGAGAUUCAAACCGGCCGGUUUGCGUUUCAUCAGGACGGUUAUCCAAACAAGAAGAGAUCAGUGAGUUACUGUAAUAGCGAUCUUGAGGAGCUUCAAGCUUUGGCUUUUAGGAUGAUGGGAAACUACUGA